AUGGGUCACCAGGAAGGGCCCGAUGUCGAGGCCAACGACUAUACUCCCGCGCCAGCCUACCAGUAUGGCGACGAGAAACGCAACGAUAUGCGGGCUAUGGUCGAGGCCAGCUUGCACGACACCCGGUAUAACCAGACCCAGCGUGGCCUGAAGUCGAGACAUGUCCAGAUGAUGGCUCUCGGUGGUACUAUUGGUACUGGUCUCUUCGUCGGUUCCGGCCAGGCGCUCGCCAUCGGUGGUCCGGCGUUUCUAGUAUCUGCAUACCUGAUCAUCGGUGUCCUCGUCUAUCUGGUUGUCACUGCAAUUGCUGAGGUUGGUACCUACCUGCCCGUCCACGGUGGUACAAUGAGUUACUACGGCUUUCGAUACGUCUCACGAAGCUUGGGCUUCUCGCUCGGAUAUCUAUACUGGUAUUCCCUCGGGAUAUUGGUGCCGAACGAAAUCGUCGCCGCUUCGCUGAUCGUGGGAUACUGGAACAACUCCAUCAACAUUGCUGUCUGGAUCUCUAUUUUCCUAGUCGUCAUCAUCGCCCUUAAUCUACUCCCCGUCCGCUGGUAUGGAGAGAGUGAGUUUUGGUUCGCCAGUUUAAAAGUCAUCAUGAUGCUCGGCUUGAUCAUCCUGGCUUUCAUCCUUUUCUGGGGUGGUGGCCCAUCUCGCCAGCGACUUGGUUUCCAUUAUUGGACGCAUCCGCGGCCGGCAAACGAAUAUAUAGUCAAAGGCGAUGCGGGUCGUUUCGUGGCAUUCCUACAGUGCAUCGUGCUCAGUGCCUUUGCAUUCCUCUUCGCGCCCGAGCUGAUCAUCCAGACCGCCGGUGAGAUGGAAUCGCCCAGACACAACAUCCCUCGCGCCUCACGUCGUUUCUUCUACCGUCUGGCCUUCUUCUAUAUCCUAGGAUCUCUCGCCAUUAGUGUAACUUGCCCGUCUGACGAGGCGGCCUUGACUAACGGAGGUGCCGGAGCCGGCUCGUCCCCCUUCGUCUUCGGUAUCAAGAAUGCUGGAAUCGCCGUCCUCCCUGGAAUUGUCAAUGCCGUCAUUCUCACUUCCGCGUGGAGUUCCGGAAACUCGUACCUUUACAUGUCCUCUCGUGCUCUCUACUCCCUCGCCGUUGCCGGUGAUGCUCCGCAUAUAUUCAAGGCCUGUAACCGAUACGGUCUCCCCUAUAUGGCUCUAGCUGCCAGUGCCUUGUUCCUCCCCCUUGCAUACCUAGCUGUUGGCAGCGGAAGCUCUCGCGUCUUCAACUGGUUUGUUAGCUUCACCAACACAUCCGCCUUUAUAAGUUGGACCUGCUGUUGCAUCAUCCAUUUCCGCUUCACCAAGGCAGUUAAAGUCCAAGGCAUCGAGCUCACCUAUAAAUCCAGGUUCCAACCCUGGGGUGCGCGCAUCGGAAUCUUUGGCUUCAUUUUCCUUCUUUUGAUCAACGGGUUCCACACCCUCUUCCCCUCGAGAUUUAACGCCUCCGACUUCCUGACCGCAUACAUUGGCAUUCCUGCCUUCCUGUUGGUCUACUUCUCCCACCGUUGGUAUACCAGAAGUGAUCCGUGGAUGUGGCGUCCGGAAGAUAUCGACAUGGUGACAGGUUUGGAUGAGAUUGUUGCCGCCGAACGUCCACCUGUGGUCCGAACAGGAUUCAUGAAAUAUGUCAGCUUCAUCUACGAGUAA